AUUCGAUAAGUCUUGGACAUUUGGGUAGAGGUUAUCCAACUUAUCGUCCUAAAACCCGGUUAUUUAUUCAGUUUUAUCAAUUAUUAUCAGUUAAAAUACGUUUAAUAACUAAUAAAAUUAGUUAAAACACGGUGAAAUGCUUCGUUUAGUGCAAUGUUCAUACAACAAAGCCAGUCUAACCUUUCCAAAAACUGUUUAGUCAACAUAUUAUUGUGUAUCCCUCUAAAGUGCUAAAAGAUUUACAAACUUCUCUCAGAAUUAUGACGUAUAUUUGCAACAAAAAACCCAAAUCUCAUCAGUUCUCGUUAUUCUGUGGUGAUAAACAUCUCCAAAGAACUACAGUCUGUGAUUCGUAGUGUUAGCUUUGAAGAUAGUCAACUAAUUUUGAGGUUAGCUAGUUCAUAAUUUAUUUGGUGCUAAAAUCGAAAUAUUCUGCGAUAUUUCUCCCAAAAUUUAUACUAUAUCUCUAUUUUUAUGGUAUAUUUAUCAAACGAUAUAAUUUAAAAUUGUAUCAGUGCUAUUUUUCAAAUAAUAAUUCAUCGUUUUUUUGGUGCAACCAAAGUAAAAAAAAAACCAAACUACCAAUUGUAGUGUGUGUGAUAUUUAGAUAAAAUCUUGUCAACCCGGUGAUAUUAUGUGUGAUAAUCACUAGUGAUACAUAUUUUUUACAAUAUAUCUACGUAUUUGACGACAAUUUGACAUUAUUUUUGUUUUUUCGUAAUUAAACUCUUGCGCAGACGCUGAACAAUCCAUGACGUCACUGCUUUUCUCAAGGUCGAGAACUGUGUUGCUUUUAUAUCAGUGACCACAGUUACUCCAAAUUCUAUUAGCGGUUCAGUCGGUAGUUCGUGGUUGCCUCUAGUUGACGAAAAUAUUAUUCUCUCGUCAAAUUUAGUGCGUUCUCGGUUGAAAACUGCGUUUUUAUCAAAGCUUUUCUACACUUUUUCUCGAGUUUUUCGCGUGAAAUAUGAUGAAAUAAGCGGGGAAAUUUGAUAAUCAAUUGAAAUGGCAGUUUCAGUGACUGACAAUUUGCGUGCCACGGACUAUACGCGAUUUAAUAGUGUGAAAUUGGAAAAUUGCUACAACAAUGUGAUGACCCCAGAGGAGCAGAGGCAUGCACCUCCCAACACGGAUACAAUACAGACAAAGCCGUUCCCUAUCAGAGGAGAAAGAGCCAACUAUGUGAAUAGUCCCCAUGUGAUCGCCAUGGUGGGGCUGCCUGCCAGAGGGAAAACCUACAUAUCAAAGAAAUUGUCAAGAUAUCUGAAUUGGAUUGGUAUCAAUACUAAAGUGUUCAACCUGGGUGAAUACAGGAGGCAUGCUACAACGGCCUAUAAGAGUCAUGAGUUCUUUAAGCCGGAUAACAAGGAGGCAAUGGCUAUAAGAACGCAAUGUGCCAUAGAUGCACUUAUGGAUGUGUGCCAGUGGCUGGAGAAUGGAGGAGAAGUGGCUGUAUUUGAUGCCACCAACUCGACAAUUGAACGUCGGAGGAUGAUCGAGGAUAUAGUAGUUCACAAAACUGGUUACAAGCUGUUUUUUGUCGAGUCUGUGUGUGACGACCCUUCUAUCAUAGAACAGAAUAUUAUGGAGGUGAAAGUAAACAGUCCGGAUUACAGAAAUAUGAAUACCGAAACAGCUCUGAAUGAUUUCCUGCAACGUAUUGAGCAUUAUCAAGAACGGUACGAACCUUUAGAUGAGAAGGCAGAAUCUAACCUGAGUUUUAUGAAGAUCUACAACACGGGGGAAAAGGUAGUGGUGCAUAAGCACGAGGGUCACAUUCAGUCCAGGAUUGUCUAUUACCUCAUGAACAUUCAUAUCAUUCCAAGGACCAUCUACCUUACGAGGCACGGAGAAAGCCUUCAGAACGUAGAAGGGCGAAUAGGCGGAGACUCGGAGCUGUCCCCACGUGGCAGGCAGUACUCAUCGGCGUUGGCUGACUUCAUCCGUCAGCAGCACAUUGGGGGUCUGAGGGUGUGGACCUCCUGGUUGAGGAGAACCAUUCAGACCGUGCAGAGUGUGCCCGCGCCCCAGGAGAGGUGGAAGGCACUCAAUGAGAUUGAUGCGGGUAUCUGUGAAGAGAUGACAUACGAAGAGAUAGCGGAAAAAUACCCCGAGGAUUUCGCAGCCAGAGACCAAGCAAAGUUUACGUACAGAUAUCCGAGGGGCGAGUCCUACGAGGAUCUGGUGGCGAGGCUCGAACCAGUCAUAAUGGAGUUGGAACGGCAGGGAAAUGUGCUGGUCGUCUCACACCAGGCUGUGCUAAGGUGUUUGUUGGCCUAUUUCCUGGACAAAUCUGCCGAUGAGCUCCCCUAUCUGCAUGUCCCCCUACACACGGUCAUCAAGCUGACUCCAGUCGCUUAUGGCUGUAAAGUGGAAAACAUCAAACUCCCAAUUGAGGCUGUGGACACGCAUAGACCUAAACCCAAGGAGCCAGGCAUGUUAGAGGACCGCUUCAAGAGUGAAAAGAAUAAAUCUACCAAGGAAGAGUUUUCUCAGGAGAAUAGAAAUCAACAUAUUAUAGGAGAUAAAAAAUAAUAGGAGAUAAUAGUCAAUAAAAACAAAGAAAGUAUUGAAAAG